GUUGCAGCGAACGUCUACAAGAAGUACCUAACCUAGACCCAGGGCCCUUGUUUAUGAAUGCAAUCAAUAAGUAGGUAUAUGCAAUUAAAGCUGAUUACGUACCUACUCCAACUCCGCGGCGGAAUGCAGUGCGAUGAUAUCCUCGCUCUCACUGGCACCAGAUCCAACGAAUUGAUUACACGGCGCAGCACAGCCCACCACGCGCCUGCAAGCCCUCGUCGCCAUCCAAGCAGCGAGCCCAACGUGCCCGGCCUCACCCCCCCUUUCCCCCUCGUCGAACAACAAGAGAGCAACCGCCUCGACGACCCGCACCGCCUCGGCGUUAGCACCGUCUAGGAAGGGCCGCCCGCGCGACCUCGCGACGCGCGCAGAGAGCCAGGCCAUGGCCGCCCGCAGCGCCAUCGCCCUGGUGCAGAGGUCCAAGGCGGCGGGCCCCGAGAUCCUGCAGCUGCGCUGCCACGUGCGGCCCGGCGCCAGCAAGGCCCGCGAGGGCGUGGCCGCCGUCACCGACGACGCCGUCGAGCUGUGCGUCGCGGCGCCGCCGCAGGACGGCAAGGCCAACAAGGCCGUCCUCCAGCUCCUGAGCGAGGUCCUAGGCGUCGCAAAGUCGGACCUGCAGAUCACCCACGGCACGAAGAGCCGCGACAAGACUAUCAGCGUCGCCAGCUCCUGCUUCCUGAGCGGCAGGGGCCCGGCGAGGAGCGGUGACGACCUCGUCGCGCUCGUCAGGGAGAGGCUCCUCGGCCAGCAGCAGGAGGACGCUGCGUCGUGACGCCCCGGCCUCCAUACGUAUUAAAAACUUGCGUAAGGCCUCUGGAAUGGUAUUGGUAGGGAGGGAUAAAGCGGGCAAGCAUAAAUAGGUGUGUAUUCUACCUAGAAUGAAUUGGCUGCUUCGCCCAUUUCGGGUGGCACAAUAAAGGCAUAUACGGUGAAAG